GCGGAUAGGCGGAGGAGGAGGAGGAGGAGGACGCCGAGGGGAGCCGGAGCCGGGGCGACGACGGGGGCCGCGCGGGAUUCAUCCCGGGGGAAUUUUCAGCCAUGAGUAAGCGAGAAGCGGAGGAGCUGAUAGAAAUUGAGAUCGACGGGACGGAGAAACAGGAAUGCACGGAGGAAAGCAUCGUGGAGCAGACGUACGCCACGGCCGAGUUUGUGAGUCAGGCCAUUGACAUCAACGAACCCGUCGGCAAUCUCAAGAAACUGCUAGAGCCGAGGCUCCAGUGUUCGUUGGAGGCCCACGAGAUCUGCCUGCAGGAUAUCCAGCUGGACCCGGACCGCAGCCUAUUCGACCAGGGCGUGAAGACCGAUGGAACGGUGCAGCUCAGCGUGCAGGUCAUCUCCAGGCAAGGGAUAGAGCCGAAGCUGAACAUCCUUGAGAUCGUGAAGCCCGUGGAGACGGUGGAGGUGGUCAUCGACCCCGACGCCCACCAGACGGAGGCCGAGGCCCACCUGGUGGAGGAGGCCCAGGUGAUCACCUUGGACGGCACCAAGCACAUCACCACCAUCUCGGACGAGACCUCCGAGCAGGUGACCCGAUGGGCGGCGGCCCUGGAAGGCUACCGGAAGGAGCAGGAGCGACUGGGCAUCCCUUACGAUCCGGUCCAGUGGUCGACGGACCAGGUCCUCCACUGGGUGGUCUGGGUGAUGAAGGAGUUCAGCAUGACGGACAUCGACCUCAACACGCUGAGCGUGCCCGGCCGCGAGCUGUGUAGCCUCAACCAGGAGGACUUCUUCCAGCGCGUCCCCCGCGGAGAGAUCCUCUGGAGCCACCUGGAGCUCCUGCGUAAAUACGUGCUGGCUAGCCAAGAGCACACGGGGGAGAUCGCCACGGUCACGAUCGAUCAGCCCGUGCAGAUUAUCCCCGCCUCAGUCCAGCCCGCCACCCCCACCACCAUCAAAGUCAUCAACAGCAGCGCCAAAGCAGCUAAGGUGCAGAGGGCCCCGAGAAUCUCAGGGGAGGACAGGAGUUCCCCCGGGAACCGCACAGGGAACAAUGGUCAGAUCCAGCUGUGGCAGUUCCUGCUGGAGCUCCUGACGGACAAGGACGCCCGGGACUGCAUCUCUUGGGUGGGCGACGAAGGGGAGUUCAAGCUCAACCAGCCCGAGCUGGUGGCCCAGAAGUGGGGCCAGCGCAAAAACAAGCCCACCAUGAACUACGAGAAGCUCAGCCGCGCUCUGAGGUAUUACUACGACGGGGACAUGAUCUGCAAAGUGCAAGGCAAGAGGUUCGUGUACAAGUUCGUCUGCGACCUGAAGACGCUCAUCGGGUACAGCGCGGCCGAGCUGAACCGGCUGGUCACCGAGUGCGAGCAGAAGAAACUGGCCAAGAUGCAGCUGCACGGCAUCGCCCAGCCCGUGGCCGCCAUGGCCCUGGCCACGGCCUCGCUGCAGGCGGACAAAGAGUAGUCCCGCUCCCACCCCCCUCCGGC